AUGUCAAGACAGGACAAGGCCACCACAGAUCGACAUGCUAGAAUUCUGCGCGAGCUCGUAAAAAGACAGGAAAACAAGGUCUGUGCGGAUUGUAAGCGGAACGAUCCUCGCUGGGCAUCGUGGAAUAUAGGCGUGUUCCUCUGCAUCCGUUGCUCAGGUAUCCAUCGUGGAAUGGGCACGCACAUCAGUCGCGUCAAGUCGAUCGACCUUGAUACGUGGACUCCAGAACAGAUGCAGUCCAUUGAAAAAUGGGGGAAUCGACGUGCAAAUUUGUAUUGGGAAGCCCAUCUAAAAUCGGGACAUAUCCCUCCAGAUCACAAGAUGGAAUCGUACAUUCGCUCCAAGUACGAGUCGAGAAGAUGGGCGCUGGACGGCCCCCCUCCCUCUGACCCGUCUGUACUUGAAGCCGGAGGAGAUCCGUCGCCCUCAACUCCUUUAGAACAAUUUGUUUCCGUCGCUCCUUCAUCCGCAUCGUCAUCGCGUUCGGCACCCACGCAUAUCCGCGCCCCUGGCAGUAUCUCAGCACCUCGCGUUGCAUCUCCUUCGCUGACUGCGCCCACAUAUAUGAGGAAUCAACCUCAGCCACGUCAACUUCUUUCGGCGGCCGUCGCGGGACGCACAGGACAAGGUCAAGGGCAGUCCCAGCUCCAACCCCAAGCUCAGUUGCAGUCCCAGUCACAAGCACCUACGACGUCGAACGAUGACCUUUUCUCACUUGACUUCCAUGCUCCUGCACCCCUUAAAAUGGCGUCUUCACCCCCACCAACUGUCAAAGAUGUUAAACAAGACAUUCUAUCCCUUUUUUCGGCAACCCCUUCAUCCACGUCCGUGCCAGCGACUGUAACAACUGGUUCCAGUGUCGGCGCGCAGCCAACCAAUGUGCCGCAGGCGACAAGUAUGAUGGGUCGGAGCGGUAUCGGUGCAUGGGGCGUUUCGUCCGGAUGGAUCCCUGUUCACUCCAAUGGGAGUUGGGGUGGGACUUCUGCUUCGGGCACUCCCUCUGUAUUUGGUUCUGGCGCUUAUACUGCGGCUACUCCUGCAGCUGGCGGAACAUUCAACGCAGCGAAUAUAUGGGCUUCCUCUUCUGAUUCCACUGCCAGUGUUAUUCCCAACGUCGGUAGCACUGACACGAACAGCGGCGACAUCUUUGGGUCGGGUAAUGGUGGCAACUUUCUGAACUCAGGACAGUCCCUGUUAUCCCAAUCGAAGAAGGAUGACGUGUUUGGAGAUUUGUGGGGGGAUUUUAAGUAA